AUGGCGUGGAGCCGCACGAAUGGUGCCUUCAUCGACAGGACGUCGCACGGGAUCAUCCUUUGGGCAGAGCGUAUCCGAACUGAGAGACGGAGGCUUGGGCUCGAAGAUCCCAAUGCCCCCACCACGGCAGACGUCAUGAUCGGCGACGUGCUAGAGAAGCAGCCUAUCCCCAAGGCGCGAGAGGACUGGCUUCCCGAGGGUGCAAAGCUUCGCGUGUUCCAUCGCCGGGCGCUUGAGAGGUCCCGGCCCCGUUUGGGAGCGACCUCCUUCGAGUACGGAAGGUUUCACGUGAGCCACCCAGAGGUGCAUGCUUCCUACUUCCGCAAAAGGGAUCGCAUCGCCAGCCUUGUGGCAGAGCAGCGGCAGAGGGAGUACCGGGAGAUGCAGAAGAAGCAUCCUUGCUCCUGGCAUGGCAUCAAGCCGCCAGCAACACCGAAGAUGGAAGCGCCCUUGCUCCGUUCCAGGUCAGAGCCCGGCCUAGAAGCGAGCGAGGAGUCCGACCCUUUGAUGCAGCGGCUCGUGAAGUUGGAGAGGACUUUCGCCUGUGAGGUUCGGUGA